UCAUACUUGACAGAAUUCCCCCACUCCUUCAUUUAUAAAUCAUCAACGCCCACUAUACUUCAAUCAUCUCUCUCUAACUCGCUUUACGUGUCUUUUCAUUUUCCUCAUCUCUAUUAACUGCUACUCUUUGCUCGGAUCUUGGAAUUGAAGUGUGAGGAAGUGAUCGUAUUUUCGAGGGAAAAAUGGCUGCUGUGGAUGCCGCCAAGGUCCUGCCCAAGCUCAAGUCUGAGGUCGCCACCCUCAGUCAGAUCAGUGAAAACGAGAAAUCUGGAUUCAUCAAUCUGGUGACUCGCUACUUGAGUGGCGAAGCUCAACAGGUAGAUUGGAGCAAGAUCCAGACACCAACUGAUAAGGUGGUGGUGCCUUAUGAUUCCUUAGCCCCUGUGCCUGAAGAUGCUGCACAGACCAAGAAGCUUCUAGACAAGCUUGUGGUGUUAAAGCUCAAUGGAGGCUUGGGAACUACCAUGGGGUGUACUGGUCCAAAAUCUGUCAUUGAAGUUCGUAAUGGCUUGACAUUUCUGGACUUAAUUGUCAUCCAAAUUGAGACGCUCAAUGCCAAAUACGGAUGUAGUGUGCCAUUGCUGUUAAUGAACUCGUUCAACACUCAUGAUGAUACAGCAAAGAUUAUUGAAAAGUAUGCCAAAUCGAAUAUUGAGAUUCAUACAUUUAACCAGAGCCAAUACCCUCGUCUAGUUAAGGAAGAUUUCACCCCACUUCCCUGCAAAGGAAAUACUGGCAAGGAUGCAUGGUACCCUCCUGGUCAUGGAGAUGUCUUUUCAUCUUUGAAGAAUAGUGGGAAGCUUGAUGCCUUGUUAUCUAAGGGCAAAGAAUAUGUCUUUGUGGCGAAUUCAGAUAACUUGGGCGCCGUUGUCGAUUUGAAAAUUUUAAGUCAUUUGAUAGCAAACAAGAAUGAGUAUUGCAUGGAGGUUACACCUAAAACGCUAGCUGAUGUUAAAGGUGGUACUCUAAUAUCUUAUGAGGGAAGAGUACAGCUUCUGGAAAUAGCGCAAGUUCCUGAUGAACAUGUCAAUGAAUUUAAAUCAAUAGAGAAGUUCAAAAUUUUCAACACCAACAACCUGUGGAUUAACUUGCAGGCAAUCAAAAGACUUGUUGAAGCCGAUGCACUGAAGAUGGAGAUUAUUCCCAACCCAAAGGAAGUGAAUGGGGUAAACGUUCUUCAACUUGAGACUGCUGCCGGGGCUGCAAUAAGGUUCUUCGAUAAUGCCAUUGGAAUUAAUGUUCCCCGGUCUAGAUUCCUUCCUGUGAAGGCAACUUCAGAUCUACUUUUAGUCCAAUCUGAUCUCUAUACUUUGGCUGACGGCUUUGUGACCCGUAACCUGGCAAGGACCAAUCCUGAAAAUCCAUCUAUUGAGUUGGGACCUGAAUUCAAGAAGGUUGCCGACUUCUUGAGCCGGUUCAAGACUAUCCCCAGCAUCAUCGAACUGGAUAGCUUGAAGGUGACAGGUGAUGUCUGGUUUGGAGCUGGUGUUACUCUGAAGGGUAAAGUAACUAUCACCGCGAAACCCGGUGAAAAGCUAGAAAUCCCCGAUGGAUCUGUGAUUGCCGGCAAGAAUAUCACCGCCCCAGGAGAUAUAUAAUCAAGAGUUGCUUCUCUUGAAUACGACUAGAGUUUCCGAGAAACAACGAGUUCAUUUUGUUUGUAAUAUGUUAGGUUUGAAGAUGAGAAAAAUAAGUGAGGAUUUCCUUUUUCUAUAAAUUUUUCUUAUUGCUGCAUAAUCGCCAUAGAUAGGCGAGUUUGGUGAUGUAAAGGUCAUUCCUAACUUGGUUUUUCCAUCCAGCAGUAUGCUGGAAACGCUUGUUACAAACUUUGGAGGAGUUGUUAUAGGAAAUAUCAUUUUGUCAUA